AUGUCUUCUUCCUUUGUUGACGACUGUAUCAACGCUGCCGCGGAUCCAUUUCCCGUGGCUGCUGGUGCUGGUGCUGCUACUACCACAGCAGAGCCCAAUACUGGUAGUGGCAAGGUAUUUGAGAAACCUCUCCGCUAUUCCCCGUCGUCGUCGUCUUUGUCGUCUUUGUUAUGCCGCCCGCCAUCUUCCUUCAACUCUCAAUGGCACAAUGCAUCGCCUCCCAACAUUUAUGGAGGGUUGGCUAAAAUUGGAGACGACUCAAGCCGUAGCUCUGAUCGAGCCGAAAGUCCACAAGUCAGGCUGUCGUAUACUGUGCAUGAUUUUUCUUCGUACUGUGGUACAUACCAUCCUAAUAGUAUUCGCGAAAAUAAACCUGCCGAACAGUCGUCGCGAUGGUCAUCGGGAACUCACGAUCAGGCGCAAUUCGUAAUGUUACGUCUUGAUAAGCCGGUAGUUGCCUGUGCCAUCACGUUUGGCAAAUUCCAUCGAGCCCAUGUAUGUAACCUUAGAGAAUUCAAGGUGUACGGCGGUAUGGACACAGAUGACAUGGUGGAGUUGCUGCAUACAGGUUUGCAAAACAACACAGAACCCGAGUCGUUUUCUUUGCUUUAUGCUCUGCGUAACCUGAUAUUCCCGGUGCAAUACAUAAAAAUCGUUCCUCUUGCUACGUUUGGCCCUAAUUUCAAUUACAGUAUCUGGUUUGUCGGGCUCAAAGGCCAUAGCGAUGAAAGAACCAUGAAUCAAGUCAUGUAUGAGUAUCAGAAUUACCGAGAAAUGGAAACGAUCCGACUAUGCUUGAAGCAUUUUCGCCAAAGAAACAUGAUGGAUAUAUUCUAUCUGAUCCAAGAUCGAACCGGCGUUGAGCUCGAGAAUUCCUUUCUCACUCAACUACACAAGCAUCUUGUUCAAGAUGCUGAUUUUACAGCAGCGGAGCAAGUUUUGGAAGCAGCUCAUGCACGUCAUAUCUUCAAGGAUUAUGCAGCAAAUGCAGAGUAUACGCCUAUCUGGAAGCGAAUAUGGGCUACCAAUGAAGAUGGUGAUGCCCCAUGCGGUCGAGGAGGUCACCAGAUGUGCAUUGAUGUGGAAGAAGAAAAAAUCUAUCUGUUUGGCGGAUGGAACGGAUACUGUGAUUUGUCCGAUUUGUGGUGCUAUCAUAUUCGUGAAGGUCGUUGGCGACUACUUAGUGCUGAUACGAGAGAUCAAGGUGGCCCUGGCCCUCGAUCAUGUCACAAGAUGUGCUUUGAUCCAGAUACGAAAUCUAUUUUUGUUUUGGGUCAAUUUGUUGAACCAUCUGCUAUCUUAACGACCAACUUGGACUCGGACUUUUUCAGAUACUUUGUUGAAUAUGAUCAAUGGGUCAAGAUCAGUGAUAAUACUGCGAGAGAUGGGGGCCCUGAAUUGAUUUACGACCAUCAAAUCUGUAUCGACUCUAAAACUUCUGAACUCUAUGUAUUCGGAGGACGAGUCGCAUUCGUGGAUCCAAAUGGUCACAAUUAUGGCGGCUUGUACUCGUACCAUAUCCCUACAAACACUUGGCAGCUCAUCCGUAUCUUCUUGUCAUCUGGCCCGCAAAACGCGAUGAAUUUCAAUCGGUUUGACGACAAUUCACGUGUCGGUCACUCGAUGCUAUUUAAUCCAUGUACGCGAGGUUUGUACAUAUUCGCUGGCCAACGUGUCAAGGAUUAUUUGGCCGACUUGUACUGCUACACGAUCGACAACGACCACCUCGUAGAAUUGGCACCUGAGCAUUCAAAAAGCUUUGGGCCCAGGGCCGGAUUCACACAGCGAGCGACAAUCGAUCCGACCGCACAGGAAAUCCACGUGUUUUCAGGAUAUCGCGUGCGGCAAGGAUCCGAUACAAUCGUGAGUGAAUUCUGGGUAUACAACAUUGAGCAAAAUCAGUGGAAGAAUGUGUACCAAACAGACAAGCGAUGUGACGAAAAUGGCAAAAGCGAGCGCCCUUGCCCUCGCUAUGCACAUGACAUGGUCUACAAUCCAGUCACCAAGACACAGUAUAUCUUUGGUGGCAAUCCUGGUGAACAGCGACAACCACAGCUAGGCGCCUCUAUUGAAAACGGUUGCAAACGGCUGUCUGAUUUCUGGGCGCUUCAAUUGACAAAGCCAGAUCCUGCUGGUGUCUUUAGAAAGUGUUUGCUUAUGCUUCGAAUGCAAAGACUUGAGGAGCUAUGCAAGCUUGCCAAUCGACGAAGGAUGGUGCCCGGCAAUGUGUGUGACGAAACACUGCAAGCUUUAGAGUAUUUGCAAAGCCAAGUUGCGGUUUUGGUCGACCAUAAUAUUGAGGAAGAAUCCAACCAAUUUCAUCAACUAUGCGCGAAACUAUGUCUUUUGCCACCAGUACCUCCAUCAUCAUCAUCACCAUUAUCAUCAUCGGAAAUAACUGCUAGUAACGAGGACGAAUCAUUUGAAGAACGCACACAGCUAUUUGAGAAAAUACUGGAUUACUUGCCGACAGAAAUGAAAGAGCCAUCUGGACAACUACUAGACGCAGUCAAGUUUGUCUAG